GAUGGCACAAGCACGUUUCUUCCGCCUCGCGCCAUUUGGUUUCCAAAUGCCCAAGACGGAGAGAUUCAAGACGGGCGUGUCCGGAUAUUCCCCUUGGCUUAACGAACGAAGACUUCUUGUUUCUUAGCGUGAAGUGUGACUCCAUGGACAUUCCGCCCGCCGUAACGCUAUAUGUGUGCAGCGUCCGUCAUGCUGCCAUCAAGUAUAUAUUCUUUAUGUUGACCAGCUUCAUGAACUGGAUUCUUGAAAAUACCAUAGAAUACAAAACCAUCAAAAAUACAACAUUAUCUGUAUACAUUGGACCACAUUCUUACCUGCAUAUUCUCGUUGGCACACCGCGUGCCAGCUCACUAUGUCAAACAUGGCCAAUCUCAGCACACCAGUUGAAGCUCACUUGGAGAAGGCAAAGACAGUGGAAGAACCUGUCAGCUCGAGAUCAUCACAGACUUCUACAUCAACACCUCCUGCUCUACCCGUGUUUAACCCGGGCUGGCGGUUCAAGCUGGCGUUCUCAUCGUUGUCCGUGGUUACUCUGAUGGUGGCCCUUGAUGCGACCUCACUUUCUGUUGCUUUGCCUGUCAUGGCGAAAGCGCUAGGAGGCAGUGCGAUCGAAGCCUUCUGGUCAGGAACAAGUUUUUUGCUAACAAGCACCGUUUUCCAACCAGUUCUCGGCAACUUCAGUCACAUCUUUGGUCGCAAGCCUUUGAUCCUUGGGUCGCUUGUUCUAUUCGGCAUCGGCGCGAUCGUAGCAGCAGUUGCCAAUAAUUUCACUGUUAUCCUCGUGGGUCGUUCCAUUCAGGGUAUCGGGGGAGGUGGAGUGAUUGCCUUGACUGAAAUCAUUUCUACCGACAUGGUGCCCUUGAGAGAACGAGGUAAAUGGUUUGCUUUUAUCAGCAGCAUGUGGGCGCUUGGAACAGUCAUCGGACCAUUGCUCGGAGGUGGCCUUGCACAAGCAGGCGAAUGGAGGUGGAUAUUCUGGAUCAAUCUCCCAUUUAUUGGCAUUGGCGGCACUAUGGUCAUCCUCUUCUUGAAGUUGAAUUUCCCAACAAGCGACUUUGCUGAGAAGCUGAGGCGGGUCGACUGGAUCGGCACUGUUGUUUUUGUCGCUGCGACCGUCGGAUUCCUCAUUCCAAUCACUUGGGGAGGUGUGCAAUACUCUUGGUCAAGCUGGCGCACACUUGUGCCUCUUCUUGUUUGUGCCGCCGCCCUUAUCGGUUUUGUUGCCUACGAGGAGUGGCUCGAAAGACGUGGCCGCGAACCAACCAUCCGUAUGAGCGUACUCAAGCAUCGCACCGCAGCAGUGACCUACGCAACUACUUUUCUCCAUGGAAUGAUACUUUGGAGUAUUGUGUACUACCUGCCGCUGUAUUACGAGGCAGUCAAAGAGUAUUCCCCUAUCCUGUCUGGAGUUGCUCUCUUCCCGCAAAGCUUCACGGUCGCGCCAGCAUCUAUGGCCGUGGGCAUUGCUAUCGCGAUAACCGGGAAAUAUACUAUCUUUACGUGGACUGGUUGGGCCAUUACUGUGCUUGGAAUGGGCUUGCUCACUCUUCUAGAUAUCGGUACAAGCGUUCCAGCCUGGAUUUUCCUCAAUCUGGUCUCUGGAUUGGGCACGGGAGUUCUUUUCUCCGCAAUGGCCCUCGCCGUGCAAGCUGCAUCGACAAACGAAAACAUGGAUUAUGCUGUAACUUUGUUCAGCUUCUUCCGCGGCGCCGGUCAGACAGUUGGCGUUGCCGUUGGUGGCGUUAUUUUCCAAAACCAAAUGAAGAAAGAAAUCCUCAAGCGUUCAAUUAUCGCCGCGAAUGCUAAUGAAUGGUCUCAAGAUGCAAGCGGGCUUGUUGCUAUUCUAAAAGCGAUGGCCGACGGACCUGUUAAACAUGCUCUCCAAGAGGCAUACGUUGACGCAAACAAAAUGGUCUGGAUAGUCAUGACUGCUUUGGCUGGCGUAGCCUUCAUCAUUAGUUUAUGGACCGAAGCUCUCCCACUUGACAGGGCGCUUGAGACGGAGCAAAGUUUCAAGCACAAGGAAAAGCACGCUGAUGAGGAGGAAAGCAAGGCAGCCACUUAAAGAGUUAGUAGAAUUAGAUCGAAGUAUUAUAAUGGGUAUAGUGAAGGACUGGCGACUUGCCUGCUGAUGUAAUGGUUUUAUAUGAUGUUGUAAUAUUAUUUUAACAAGAUAAGAUGUAGAUGGAAAUUUAGAUAACACUAGAG